AUGAAACUUUCAGAAAGUGGUGCUACCGGAGGAGGAGGAGGAGCCAAGAGGAACACUACUACUGCUGCUGCUGCUACUACCAGUACUACUAGGAGUAGUGGAGGUAUUGGAGGAAGUGGAAAGGAGACCGGUGCUGUUGAAGCCAAUGUAGUAGGCCGAGGAGUCAUCCGGCUUGAAGAGGCCGUAGUUCCUCUCGGAGGUUGGGCUGGACUUCAUGUUCUCGUUGAAAAGGGCGAAGACAUAGAUGUUCAAGUCGGCGUUGGGCCUCAUGGGCGUCCCCUUCUUCCCGCACACCAGCUUGUUGAUGAGGUUGCCGUUGUACUUCUUGGCAUUCUCCGGAGUGGCUCCGGCCUCGUCGGUGUCCCCCUUGGAGGGCCAGCCGGUCUCGAAAAUACCCUUUUGAAGAACGCAGCUUGCAUUAGGGGUGGCGGGAUCGACGAUCCCGGAGUUGGGCUGGAAAAGGACGAACUCCAGAGGGACCUGCUUGGGGUUGGCCUUGUAGGCGAAGUAGGGGUAGGCAUUGAUGAGGAAAGGGGAGCCGGUCUUGAGAUGGAAGUUGAGGAUGGCAGUCAAGCAGGGGGUGAGGUCCGGGUGGAACCUGCAGGCGAAGGGGAGGUAGGAGGUCUGGAGGACGGCGAGGGAGUGGGCAGUGGUGAUGGAGACCUUGUCCUGGAGGUUGAGGGAGCAGAGGACGGAGUAGACGCUCUGCAUAGCCCGGAGUAG